AUGCGCGAACCCACCCCAUCUGACGAGAGCGAAUCCGACGUAUCAGAAGACGAUGCCCCGGACGAAGAAGAAGAAGAAGCGCAACCCGUCUCGAACGCCUAUGCGACUCUCCUGCAGUCUUUCUCGUCGCGCGAUACUGGUUCGGAAGAGCAUCGCAAGAAGAGGCGGAAGCUGGAGCACUACGAGCCUGAACAGGAGGUCGAAUUAGACGACGACGCUGAAUCUACCACCCUGGAAGGCGACGAGGCCGAGGGCGAGCAGGCAGACGUUGAGAACGACGAAGACGCGGACGAAGACGAUCGAGAAGAGCAAGAGCUCGAGCAGGCCUACCAGAAACACUUUGCGAACCCCAACGAGAACGAACUACCGACGCGACUCAAGCGGAUAGCUGCCAAUCAGUGGACAUCACAGAAGCUGGAUCGAGCAUCUGGGAAGGGAGUAGGCAUACUCCAGGUUCCCAGCGACGAGGUCAAGCCGAACAGGAAGCUAAGAAGUGUGCGCGACGUCCAAUUGAAAGCGCGGCUGGUGGACAACGCACAGAACAAGGUCGGCGCUUUUGAUGAGCUGGAACAAGCCAUCGCACCCUCGAUAUUUGGCUACCAAGAUCUGCUGUUCGGCGCAAGAACGGUGCAAAAUACCGGCCGUCUACGAGACAUCACCUGUCUACACGCCCUAAACCACAUCCUCAUGACGCGCGACCGAGUACUCAAGAACAACGCCAAGCUAGCCACAGCAAAAGACGACGACCCAGACGUCGAAUACCGCGACCAAGGUUUCACACGUCCCAAGAUCCUCUUCCUCCUCGAGACGAAACAAGCCUGCGUCCGCGUCCUAGACAGCCUAACCAAACUCCACGACUUUGAGCAGCAAGAAAACAAGAAGCGCUUCCUCGACAGCUUCUCCCUGCCCGAAGACAAAUUCUCACCCGACCGCCCCGCCGACUUCCGCGAACUCUUCGAAGGAAACGACGAAAACGAAUUCCGCAUCGGCGUAAAGCUCACCCGCAAAACCCUCAAAUUCUACUCCACCUUCUACAACUCGGACAUCAUCUUCGCCUCUACCCUUGGUCUACGCCGCGCCAUCGAGACCGGGGACCCCAAGAAACGCGACUCGGAUUUCUUGUCGUCCAUCGAAAUGGUCAUCAUGGAACAAGCCGACGCAGCGCUAAUGCAAAACUGGGAGCACGCAGAAUACGUCUUCGAACACCUAAAUCUCCAGCCGAAAGACGCGCACGGCUGCGACUUUUCGCGCGUGCGGAGUUGGUAUUUAGAUGGCCAUGCGCCUUACAUCCGCCAGACGAUUGUGCUGAGUGCGUUUUUGACGCCGAAGAUAAACGUCUUGUAUAACAGACAUAUGCGCAACUACGCCGGCCGCCUGAAAUACACUCCGGACCACACCGCCGGACUCAUCGAGUCGCUCUCUUACGGAAUCAAACAAACGUUCCUCCGCUUUGACUCCCCAUCACACCUCACAGACCCCGAUGCACGAUUUAAAUUCUUCAGCACCUCGAUCCUGCCGUCCAUAUCCCGGUUACCUAAAUCCCCAGAUGGAGGACUGGGCGUCCUUGUCUUCAUACCUUCUUACCUCGACUUUGUACGCGUCCGAAACUCACUUGUGGAUUCCGAUAUCGCAUACGCAUCCAUCAGCGAAUACACAGACGCCACCGACGUCCGCAAAGCGCGGUCGCACUUUAUGAAUGGGAAACACAGUCUCCUUCUCUAUACUGGCCGCGCCCACCAUUUCCACAGAUACAACAUCCGCGGCGUGAAGCGCGUGGUGUUCUACGGGGUACCCGAAAACCCACUGUUCUACGAUGAGGUUGUGGGGUUCGUCGGCAAGUCGAUUGAGAGAGCGGAGAUUAGUCGCGCGGAAGCGAGUGUCAAGGUGUGUUUUUCGAAGUGGGAGAGGAUGGAGUUGGAGAGGAUUGUUGGCGGGAAGAGGGUGGGGAGGAUGGUGAACGAUAAGGGGGAUGUCUUUGACUUUGUUUGA